AUGUCUACGAUAUCCGACAAGCCCGAGUCGUCUCGCCACAGAGAUGUAGAAGAUCAACGCUCAAGUAUUUCAGAUCAGCAAGAAGCCAAGUUCGACAGGGGCAUGCCCGACUGGAAAUGGUAUCUGGUCUGCGUUGGCAUCUAUACUGGCGCCCUUUUAUACGGUACAAGAUCAGGCAUCUUCUGUCAUGCCUUGACACGUUCGCUGAUAAUUGUUUUGAANGGUCUCGAUACGACAAUUGCGGCAGAUGUCCAAGGACCAAUUCUCGAAGCAUUCGGCGAUAUCGAAAAGCUUUCUUGGGUCGGUAUUGGCUUCCCUAUGGCAUCCGUGUCGAUCGUUCUGUUGGUUGGAGCCCUCUACGCGCUGUUCGAAAUCAAGUGGAUAUUUAUCAGCAGUCUCGUGUUGUUCGAAAUUGGCUCCGCUCUCUGUGGAGCUGCACCCAGUAUGAAUGCUCUGAUCGUUGGCAGGGUCAUAGCUGGUAUGGGUGGAGCCGGCAUGUAUCUNGGGGUGAGUUAA